UCUCCUUCCCCUCCCCGGCGGGGCGACCGCGGUGGGCAAAAUGGCUCGGCGGAUCGCGGGCUUGGCUCUCCGGGCUGCGCUGCUGCUGCAGCCACCCGCCCGGGCCGCGCCGUUCACCCCCCGGGGACCGGCGGUUUCCUACGGUACUUCAGUAACAUCUGCCAAAAUCCAAGUGAAUGGAGUCCACCUGCAUUAUCAACAGACAGGAGAAGGAAGCCAUGCAGUUCUUCUACUUCCUGGAAUGCUAGGGAGUGGUCAAACUGAUUUUGGACCACAGCUUAAGUCUAUGAAUAAGCAACUUUUCACAAUUGUUGCUUGGGAUCCUCGGGGAUAUGGACAGUCCAUUCCUCCAUCUCGAGACUUUCCUCCAGAUUUCUUUGAGAGGGAUGCAAAAGAUGCUGUGGAUCUUAUGCAGGCACUGAAAUUUAAGAAGUUCUCUUUGCUGGGGUGGAGUGAUGGUGGAAUUACAGCACUCAUUGCAGCCGCAAAAUAUCCAACUCUUAUCCACAAGUUGGUUGUCUGGGGAGCAAAUGCCAGCGUUACUCAGGAGGAUGUGAGAAUUUAUAAUGGCAUCCGGGAUGUCUCAAAAUGGAGUGAAAAGGUCAAGAAACCACUGGAAGAGAUGUAUGGACAUGACUACUUUGCAAAAACCUGUGAGGCUUGGGUAAAUGGAAUAUGUCAUUUUGCUGAAAAAUCAGAUGGUAAUAUCUGCCAACAGUUGCUGCCAGAUAUUAAAUGUCCCACAUUUAUAAUUCAUGGUGAGAAAGACCCUUUGGUUCCACAAGCUCACGCAGAAUACAUUCAUAAGCACAUCAAAGGCUCUCGGUUGCUUCUAAUGCCAGAAGGGAAGCAUAAUCUACACCUGCGUUUUGCAGAGGAUUUCAACAGACAAGUGGAAGAUUUCCUACACUGACUUAAACUGUAAAACAAGUUAGAGGUGUCUGUCCUUGUCUUGUUUAUGAAUUUCAGUUGGCUGUCCAUUUUCAUUCAAUUUACAGGUAGGUUUGCAUCCUGUAAGAAAAAACAUUAAAGAUAUGCACGAGAAGCAUA